AUGCAGAAGGAGGUUAGAAAGUAUUUCGGCCAGAAGUCUCUGAAUGAAGUGACCAUGGAUGAGUAUCUGAGUAGUCAGGGGUUGUAUCGAAAACUCACCGCCAAGGAUGGCUCCUGUCUCUUCAGGACUGUUUCCGAGCAGCUGUUUUUGACUCAAAUGUAUCACUUGGAGAUCCGAAAAACUUGCGUUAUUUACAUGAGGGUGAAUCGAAGUAAAUUCGAGGCAUUUAUAGAUGGCCCUUUAGACAAACACUUGGAACGUUUGAGUGAUCCAAAGGAAUGGGCUGGUAUGUUGGAAAUGAAUGCUUUAUCACUGAUGUACAAUUGUGACUUUCUCAUUUACCGGUAUCCUGGAAAACCACCCAUCCAAGCUACAAAUAAUGGAUUUGAGAAGACGAUUUCACUUUGCUGUUCCAACAAUGGUCAUUAUGAUAGUGUGUUUACGAAACAGUUUCAAGGGCAUGCAGCCAUUUGUCAAGCAAUUGUAUAUGAAGUGCUGUACAGGGAUGUCUUUGGAGUGGAUGAAGAAGAAUUACGAGCAGCAGUGGAGUUGUUCCGCAGUCAUGGCAAGAAAACCAGAAAGAGCAGUAACUGCCAAAGCAAUGGUGAUACUGAAUAUCUUCCUGAAAAAGUUGUGCAAUGUCUGAGUGAUGAAAAGUAAAAAGAUUGGGAAGUUAGUUUUGGGGGAACAAAAUACUGACUUGGUUCCAACAUUCAAUUAACUUCUGUAUUUCAGAAUGUUGAUGGCCCAUCAAAGAUGCCAUUUCCCUUUAAGGUAUUGAAGGCAUUGGAUUCAGAAAUUUAUCGCAAUGUGGAAUUUGAUGUCUGGCUCGAUAGCAGAAAAGAGCAGCAAAAGGUGGACUACAUGGUGGUUUCUGGAAGGCAAUAUUGUUUAGGUGACAAAUGUCAGGUGAAACUUGAGCAAGGAGACAAAUACUACAAUGCUCAUAUACAAGAAGCAGGCCAAGAUGGCAACUCGGUGACUGUCUUCAUAGAAGAACUAGCUGAAAAGCACACUGUUCCUUUGGCAAACCUGAAGCCUGUGACCCAAGUGACACCGGUUCCUGCCUGGAAUAUUGUUUCAAACAGAAAAGGUGGAAACUAUCAGAAGAUACCUAGUGGAUAUGUUUCUGAGUUAGACCUUGAUCCAAAGUCACGGAGGCGAUUUAUGAAGAAGAUUCGUGGAAAACAGGUUUUUAUGGCAUUUGCUUAUGGAAGGGGUCAACCUGUGCUUCCUCCACGUCUGCAAAACAAUCUUCCUUCUGGAAGAUCUUCUCUUCCUCAGACUCAAAGUGGCAACUUUGCUCCUUAUGAUCAAUACAGGGUCCCUCCUCCACCUCAAAGAACUGGCAGAAACAACUAUGCUUCAUCUAGGAAUCCGGCUACUCGAUUUGUGGGUCAACACGGCUUUGUUGACCCUGACUACAUCUAUGGCUUUUCUGGCUCAGGAAAGGGAUGUUUUCAACAUUAUGACAAUUUCGCCUAUAGAUCUCGCUCUUAUAGCAGAAGUCGCAAACCUGUUCAGUAUGUUAACAAGGAUUGCCAGUUUGGCUAUAUAACAGAGAGUGAGGAGGAACCAAGAGCUACUGAAGAAACUGUCACUUUCUAUGAAUUUGAAGAAGGAAAUGAGCCAACCUUUCCUGUUGUACAUAAUCAAUCUGCUUCUCCUCCAACUUUACAAGCUCCAGCUGGGUACUGGGUAACUAGAAGGGGAAGCCCAGUCUCUGUUGCUAAGCCAGUCAAUUCAUCAGAAGAUACUGAUGAGCCAAGUGAUGGUGGAGACUAUCAUGAAGACUUUAUUUAUGCAGCAUCAGAUUCAGGAUAUUCAGAUCCAAUGGUGUAUAGUACAACAGAAUCAACAGCUAAUCUUUCUAUUCAGGAAGGAUGUUCUGCUGUGGAGUCACCCCAGGAGGGCCAGGUUGCUGCACACUUCAGUUAUUCACAACAGAUGGUAAAUUCAUCAGUGGCAUCCACAUCCAGCUGUUCGGCCCCAGUUGCAGGUUUUUCCUCUAACUCAACAGAAGCAAGCCAAACGUCAGUCACUUAUACAACGGUGCCAUCGCAGACAGUUGUAUCACCUGUUCUUGUACCUGCUCAUCCUGUUGGACGUCCAGGUCCUCCCCCUCCUGUCAGUGAAAUGGGUGAAACAGUCAGUUCUCCCACGCCGCCACCACCGUAUUCCUGUGAUCCCAAUGGCAAUGAUCUUCCUCGAGAUAGAAAGGUGGUCCAGUAUUACUUCAACCUCGGUUUGCAGUGUUGCCACCAAAACUAUUGGCACUCGGUCUAUAUGCCACAACAACAGCCAGUGGACAUUUACCCAGUAUUUCCUGCCACUUCACAGUUUAUUGAACAGUCGACCAUGCCACAACUGUAUGGUGAUAAUGGGAGAAGUGAUGACCUUCAAAGUUCUUCUGACACGAUGUCUAAUGGAUCUUAUCCUACUGUGGAGCCUCAAACUGUUCCUCAUUCAACAAUGUACUAUCCAGUGCUGACUGAUCAAUACAUUCCAGCACCUGCUUAUGAUCCCUGUAUCCCUGCAGCAUCCACGCUUCAUUACGUAGGUGCCUGGUACCCAACAAAUCAGAUGUGUAAUAGUUCACCAAGGCUGCAGAGCCCAGCACCUCCAGCUCCAUUAAAUUAUGUUGGACCUGCCAAUCUGCCUACACAUUAUGUAUCUCACUAA